CCAAACACUCAUUAUUAUCUCAGCACAGAGAAAAUGGGAAGCACUGAGAUGAGUAAACAAGCAGAGUUGAUCUUCAUUCCCUCACCGGGAAUUGGCCAUUUGACGUCAACUCUGGAAUUUGUUCAGCUUCUAAUCAACCGUUACAACCAUCUUUCUGUCACAAUCCUCUGCAUUAAGUUCCCUUUAACACCCUUUUCAGACUCUUACAUUAGAUCAGUGUUAGCCUCAAAACCUCAAAUCAAACUCAUUGAUCUCCCUCAAGUAGAACCACCUCAAUUUGACAUAACGAAGUCUCCAGAAUACUACAUCUGGACCUUCAUGGAGAGCGUCAAACCCCAUGUCGAAGCCACCUUGCAUAGCAUUGUAUCAUCGUCUUCUGAGUCAAACCCAGUUGUUGGAUUAGUCUUAGAUUUCUUUUGUCUCUCCAUGGUUGAUGUGGGAAAUGAACUGGGUAUCCCUUCUUAUUUGUUUUUGACAUCAGGUGUUGGGUUUUUAAGUCUCGCGCUUUCCCUUCCCAAACGUCAAAUUGAGGAUGUUUUCAAUGAUUCUGAUCCUGAGUUGUUGCUUCCUGGUUUCCCAGAUCCAGUUCCUCCAAGUGUUUUGCCUGAUGCUUGUUUUAACAAAGAUGGUGGAUAUUUUGCCUAUUACAAGCUUGCUCAGAGGCUCAGAGACACCAAAGGGAUUAUUGUUAAUACUUUUUCUGAGUUUGAGCAGUGUGGUGUUGAUGCAUUAUCUGAUGGUGAAACCCCUCCUAUCUUUACUGUUGGUCCUUUGAUUGAUCCAAAUCCCAUUCCUAACCCAAAUUUAGACAAAGCCCAGCAUGACAAAAUACUGAAAUGGCUAGAUGAGCAGCCACCUUCUUCUGUGGUUUUUGUAUGUUUUGGGAGCAUGGGAAGAUUUGAUCCAUCUCAAACAAGAGAAAUAGCACUGGCACUUCAGCGUAGCGGAGUUAAGUUCUUGUGGGCUAUGCGUGCUCCACCAACCACAGAAAAUGCAGAGAAAAGCUUACCAGAGGGGUUUUUGGAAUGGAUGGAAGGUAGGGGGAUGCUAUGUGGGUGGGCACCCCAGGUGGAGGUUCUGGCCCACAAAGCCAUUGGUGGCUUUUUAUCUCACUGUGGGUGGAACUCUAUUUUGGAAAGCUUGUGGUUUGGGGUACCAAUUUUGACAUGGCCUCUCUAUGCAGAACAACAGAUGAAUGCUUUUAUGAUGAGAGAAUUUGGACUAGCAGUGGAGCUGAGAGUGGACUAUAGGAUCGGUAGGGACUUUGUAAAGGCAGAGGAGAUAGAGAAAGGGCUGAAACAAUUGAUGGACAGAGAUAAUACCGUGCACAAAAAGGUGCAAGAGAUGAAAGAGAUGGCUAGGAAAGCUGUCCUCAAGGGUGGGUCUUCUUUCAUUUCUUUUGAAAAACUUAUUGAUAAUAUGAUGGUGCAGGAACUUAUAAUAUAGUUGUAUUUCAUGGAUGGAGUUGCUCCUUUCUUGGAAUAAUUUUACAUGAAGAAGUCUUAGUGUUAGUGACUCAUGUAUUUCGUAGAUGGAGUUGCUCCUUUCUUGGAAUAAUUUUACAUGAAGAAGUCUUAAUAAUUUUACAUGAAGAAGUCUCAGUGUUAGUGACUCAUGUAUUUCAUAGAUGGAGUUGCUCCUUUCUUGGAAUAAUUUUAUAUGAAGAAGUCUUAGUGUUAGUGACUCAGACAUAUGAAAGUUGAUAUUUCUUUAUGUAUUUUAAUAUUCUCCCUUCUCUUAUAAUAAGUGUAU